GGGAGGCCCCGGAUGUGGCUGCAGCGGCGCUCCUCCCCCGCUCCCUUCAGACUCAGGCUAAGCGCCUCGCUCCGCUCCCUCUCCCGUUCGCUCGUGGCCCGCAGGCCCCUAGGCGCGGCAGGAGGCGCCUCGGCGGCGGCGCGGAGCCGCGCAGGAGUGGGCGGCCAGGCCACCGCGCGGCGGCGGAGCGGGCGGGGCCCGGCGCUGGUCCCCCGCGCCCUGCGCGCCCCGGCCGCCGCCAUGAGCGGCUCGUCCGGCACCCCGUAUCUGGGCAGCAAGAUCAGCCUCAUCUCCAAGGCGCAGAUCCGCUAUGAGGGCAUCCUCUACACCAUCGACACCGACAACUCCACCGUGGCGCUCGCCAAAGUGAGGUCCUUUGGUACUGAAGACCGUCCCACAGACAGGCCUGCUCCCCCAAGAGAGGAAAUUUAUGAGUACAUCAUUUUCCGAGGAAGUGAUAUCAAGGAUAUUACUGUGUGCGAACCUCCAAAAGCUCAGCAUACACUCCCUCAGGAUCCUGCUAUUGUUCAGUCCUCCUUGGGCUCUGCCUCCGCCUCGCCCUUCCAGCCGCAUGUGCCUUACAGCCCCUUCAGAGGGAUGCCACCGUAUGGCCAGCUGGCAGCCAGCUCCCUGCUCAGCCAGCAGUAUGCCGCUUCCUUAGGUCUAGAGAAGUUGGUAAGCCCUCCAGCCUCAGCCGCUGCUUCCAGCCCUAGUUCUUCUCCAUCUCCACAGCCUGUUUCAGAGCUUGACAUGUCCUCAGAGCCACCUCAGCUCACUUGCAAGGGAGCUGGGUUCCCAUCUACCCCAGUCGGCAAGAGCCCCAUGGUGGAGCAGGCUGUCCAGACUAGUUCUGUUGAUAACUUGAAUGCUAAGAAACUGUUGCCCAGCAAGGUCACCUCGGCGACACAGCUCAAUGGUCGCCAGGCUCAGCCAAGCAGCAAGCCUGCCAGCGAUGUAGUCCAGCCGGCACCUGUGCACACUCAAGGGCAGGUGAAUGAUGAGAACAGAAGACCUCCACGGAGGCGGUCAGGCAAUCGGAGAACAAGAAAUCGUUCCAGAGGACAAAACCGUCCAACUAAUGCUAAGGAAAACACAAUCAAGUUUGAAGGUGACUUUGAUUUUGAGAGUGCAAAUGCCCAGUUCAACCGAGAGGAGCUUGAUAAAGAGUUUAAGAAGAAACUGAAUUUUAAAGACGACAAAGCUGACAAGGGGGAAGAGAAGGACCCAGCUGUGAUGACCCAGAGUGAAGAGACUCCUGCUGAGGACGAUCUUCUGGGGCCCAACUGUUAUUACGACAAAUCCAAGUCCUUCUUUGACAACAUCUCUUCUGAACUCAAAACAAGUUCUAGGCGGACAACAUGGGCUGAAGAGAGGAAGCUGAACACUGAGACUUUUGGAGUGUCAGGGAGGUUCCUUCGUGGCCGCAGUUCACGUGGUGGAUUCCGGGGAGGCAGAGGAAAUGGGACAACACGGCGCAACCCCACUUCCCACCGAGCUGGGACUGGCCGGGUAUAAGGGUACAGUACAAGGUCCAGCAGAGGCAGAGGUGCUGCCCUGAAGAUAAGGACAGAAGGCAAUGCCACAGUCGGCAGGAGAAGCGAACCUUGUGCACCAGUCUGGAACCCUCAUACUGUUACUUAGUUGGGACAUGGUCUGAGAGUUAGAACCACUUGGUUUGGGGGAAGUAUUUGUAGGUGACCUCUGAAGGUGUCUUGACCUACAUUUCCUUCUUGGUUGCACACAGCCUAAUAGUACGGUUUUGGUAUUUUGCAAAAAAGGUUUCUAUAGGCAAAGGCUCAAUCCUCACUUUGUAACUUUUUUUUUAAUGACAGCUUUGACUCUUAAAAUGGAACCAAAUUUUAUUUGGCACAUGUGGUGUCCAAAUGUGUCUCUGCAACCCAUCUGGCCCCUGGUGCUGCUGGCCUGGUACCCCAACUGCUAAAAGUGGGAAGUCUCAGGAGCCAGGCAGGGCCAGCACAGGGUGAGCCAGUCAUAUGGGGUGGGAGGGCCAGGGCAGGGACGGGGUGGGGGGGGUGUUUCAUGGAUCAUGUUGUGUAAUGAACCAGUGAUGUUCAGUGCUGGGGGCUAACGGGAUGAGUGAAGUAGUGGGAAGGGUCUGAGUGUCAUGUAGAGCCUGCCUGCCUUCCACAGGCACUGAGGCAUAGUGUUGAAACCCAAGGCAAGCUCGGUGUGGUGUGGUGUGUCUGACCUUCCUGUCCUUGUCAGCCUCUGGCUGCACUUAAGUGUUCUCAUUCACUUUUAAAUGAGCCAGUCUUUUUUUUUUUUUUUUUUCCCCCCCCCCCCAAGGUCACUGGCCUUAUUUCCUUGAUUGUAAAUAGUUAUGUGUUUAUUUUAAAGGUGGUGGAGGGAGGGCGGGGACAUAAAUUUGUUGCAUGAGUAAAUGGGUCAGAUCUUCUCUAUAAGCAUGCAUCCUCUGGCUGACAGGGCAUUUUGUCGAGAACAAGCACCUUGAUAACCAAAACCCCUUCAAAGCAGCCACAGCGCUUUAGUGCUGUAGGAUGAAGGCACAUCGUGAAAGCUUGGCUUUAGUGCUGUACGACGAAGUCACGUUGUGAAAGCUUGGCUUUAUUUUUGUGGGACUUCAGAGCUGAGAGUAGAACAUAGCACUGGGGCUACUGUUGGGGUAAUGCAAACUAAAUAAAUGUUGG